GUAUGGAGUUAUCAUACAAAGAAAAGAAUGUACACCAGGCAGCGACGGGCUUAUCUGAAGCCAUCAUAAGAGUUGCAGAGUUUAAAUUUACAUUGGAACAGUGGACAGAAGUCGAGAUUGAUAUCAGAGCAGCGGAAGACAGAGAAACUGACUUGAUAAAGCAAUUAGAUAAAUUAAAAGAUCAGAACACGACUGCAGAAGAAAAUGUAAUGACAGAAGACAAUGAAUUGACAGUUCCAGAUGACACUCAAAGUGUAGAUGACAUACUUAGAGACUUAGGGGAAUCACUAGACGAAGUUGAACAGCAUAAGGCAUCAAUGACAGCAUCAGGACCAACAGAGAAAACACUGAAGAAUGCCAGAUAUGUUUUUAAGGAUACAGUCCAGAAUUUUGAUUUAAAUGGAGCUAUUACCAAACAAACAAAAAAAGACAAAAAAAGGGAAAGAAGCACAUCAAAGAAAGAGGAGAUAAUAAAAAUGAAAAUCGCCAAAGAAGAGGAAAAAGUUGUGCAGUUAUAUUUCAAAGCAGUAGACAAGAUAAUGAUAAGGUACAGCAAGGAUGUUCAAGCACAACAUAAGAAGGAAGAAAAGAAAAGGAAGCAACUUGAAAAGGCGGAGAAAAAAGCCUUAAAGAUGUUGGAGAAAGAAAUAAAAAAGAGAGAGAAAGAAUGUGUCAAUAAUGAAAAGAAGAAACCGGCCAAAACUUUAGAUGGAAAGAAAAAAACCAACGAUAGAAAGAAAAGCAAAGCAGUGAAAGUUACAGAGAGUAAGAAGGACUGUGAAAAGAAAGAGUCACACACUGUGGAUGAAGAAAAUGCAAUGAAGAAUAGAAAAGCAAAGAAAGGGGAAGAGAAAAUCAUAAAGGAAAAGGAGAAAAAUUCUCAAACUAUGGAUAUCAAGAAAGAAAACAUUGAUAGAAUACAUACCACCAAUGAUGGAAAAAAGAAUAAAUUUUCAGCAAACAUUACUGCAUUUUUCAGGAUCUUUUCUUGUCACAAACGACAAGAUAAGGAUAACGCCGUAGCUUGAUAAAUCUUUUUUUGUUUAACAUUAAAUUUUAU